GCCCAGCUAUACUACCAGGCUGGAGUCUCAGGCAGCACGGCGCGCAACACAACAGAACACAACACACUGACAGCUGCGACUGACUCACAACCGAGGGGGGAAAGAUGGAGCACAGAGACGCCGGCUUCAACAUAAUGUUAGCGACCGAUUCAUACAAGGUAACGCAUUACAAACAGUACCCCCCCAACACGAGUAAAGUGUACUCCUACUUUGAGUGCCGCGAGAAGAGGACAGAUCCCACCAAAAGCAGAAAAGUCAAAUAUGACAAAACCGUCUUCUACGGCCUACAGUACAUCCUCCACAAGUACCUAAAAGGAAAGGUUGUGACUACAGAGAAGAUCCAGGAGGCAAAGGAAGUAUACAGAGAACACUUCCAGGAUGACGUUUUCAACGAGACAGGCUGGAAUUACAUUUUGGAGAAAUACAAUGGACACCUGCCCAUUGAAAUCAAGGCAGUGCCAGAGGGGAGUGUCAUUCCUCGAGGCAAUGUUUUGUUUACCGUGGAGAGCACCGACCCUGAAUGCUACUGGCUCACCAACUGGGUGGAGACCAUCCUGGUCCAGAUCUGGUACCCCAUCACUGUGGCGACCAACUCCAGAGAGCAGAAGAAGAUCCUCGCCAAGUACCUCUUAGAGACCUCUGGGAACUUGGACGGACUAGAGUAUAAACUACAUGACUUUGGCUACAGGGGUGUCUCAUCACAAGAGACUGCAGGUAUCGGGGCCUCCGCCCACCUGGUCAACUUCAAGGGCACAGACACAGUUGCAGGCAUCGGAGUCAUUAAGAAGUACUACGGCACCAAGGACCCUGUGCCCGGCUUCUCUGUGCCUGCUGCAGAACACAGUACCAUCACAGCGUGGGGGAAGGACCAUGAAAAAGAUGCCUUUGAGCACAUCAUCAAGCAGUUUCCCAGUGUGCCCGUAUCCAUAGUCAGCGACAGCUAUGACAUCUACAAUGCCUGUGAGAAGAUCUGGGGAGAAGACCUACGGGGACUGAUAGAGAAGCGCAGUGCAGAUGCUCCACUGGUUGUCAGACCAGACUCAGGAAACCCGCUCGAUACGGUUUUGAAGGUUUUGGAGAUCCUGGGUAAGAAGUUUUCUCCAGUGGAGAACUCUAAAGGUUUUAAGGUUCUUCCUCCUUACAUCAGAGUCAUACAAGGAGACGGAGUUGAUAUCAACACACUGCAAGAGAUAGUGGAAGGUAUGAAGCAACACAGGUGGUCCAUAGAGAACAUUGCCUUUGGCUCUGGAGGGGCUCUGCUGCAGAAACUGACCAGAGAUCUGCUCAACUGCUCCUUCAAAUGCAGCUAUGUGGUCACUAAUGGACUGGGGGUGAAUGUGUUCAAGGACCCAGUGGCAGACCCCAACAAGAGGUCAAAGAAAGGUCGGCUGUCUCUGCACCGGACGCAGAGCGGAGACUUCGUCACCCUGGAGGAGGGCAAGGGCGACCUGGAGGAGUAUGGAGCGGACCUGUUGCACACAGUCUUUCAGAACGGGAAGAUUGUGAAGACGUACACAUUUGAUGAAGUCAGAGACAAUGCUAAGCUCAAACAGAGUGAGCUUGAGGAGCUGUUGCACUGAGCACAGCACUAUUAAGCCCCCGACCCACUUCCCUAAACCCAAAAAAACCCCUCCCCCUUUAACCCUUCACCUUUUGGCCUCCGACGUCACCCCAGAAAAUGGAGGUAGCGUGCACUGCUAAUAGACCCCACUCCCAAAACCUGAGAACCCCCCGAAACGUUCCUAAAAACCUGAAACUGCCCUGAAAAUUCACGGAACUUCACCCUCCGUUCCAAAACGCUGUUGGCUGGUUCUCCAAUGGAGGGAGAGGGGUUUGGAAACUCGCACACCUCUGAUCCACGGCGAACAUCCCAUGAAAGAGAGAAGAAAAUGAGUGAGAGGGUACGGUAAGGAAUGACAAACGUGUAGAGGGAGAGAAAUUAUAAUGACAAACCGUGUGUUCACAUCCCCGUGCUGCCGCCCCAGACUUGGACUUUGGUAUGUUGCACUGAUAGGCUGGACAUAUCGCAACGUAAAGAUUAAUGAGUGGCUGCUGAAAUGCAACGUGUCAGCACACUUUCCCAUACCAGCGUUAAAGCCAGUUGAGAUAUGAUUGCAGGUUUUCGAAUAAGCUGCCGGCGGCUGCAUGAGGAGUGAACACAUGAUGAGUCAAAGUGAGAACGGUCAUGACAGAAAGAGAAACGUGAAGCCACAUCCACACCAACGACCGUGCCCCGUGUAUUGUGUACAGAACUGUUUAGAAAAAAAAAAAAAAUACAUGUCUGAAUCUACUUAGCUUUGUCUUUUAUGUGAAGGAAGCGAAGGAUGGUCAUGGUAUAUGACGGUGCACCUGUAACACUGACCGACAACAGCUAACGUCUGGCCUCGAAGAUCAUUAACACUUAGAUUGUAAUUAUGGAUGAUGAAGGAAUUCAUUUUUCCCUCUUUUCUUGCUUUUUAAUCAGCAGUUAUGGCCAAAGUCCAACAUCUAUCAAGUAAAACAGGAAUAUUAUGAACUCUCCUCUGAACGACAUGUUGUUGGUGCAUCUCUGAACGUAUAUAAAUGAUCAUCUACUGCCCACAGUGCGUUCACAUCAUGAAGGCUCAGUCUACAAUCUAAUUAUACCACAAAGAAAAAUCCCAAUUUCUGUUCAUGGAGGGAGGAUUUAGCCAAUGUUGUAAUGUUUUUAAUGUUCUUUUGAAUUUGAGAUAGGUUUGUUUACAAAUGUGUAACCACUGGAUUAAAUUGGUCCAGUAUUUGUAAAAAAUAACACAUGAAAAAUGCAAAAGCACCGUAUCUUAAACUAGGUAAACAAGAUUAGUUUUUCCUCGUAUAAUAGGAAAAGUGAAAAGUUCCAGAUUGUGUCUUCAUGAUGGUGAAUGCUCUUGAAACCAGUCUUUGCUGUGUAAGAACAAGAGCUGAUGUAAAGAAAAAAAUAAUAAUAAUAAUACAUCGCAGAAAUUGUCUUCACUGGAAUGAAGAUGAUACAAUUAUGUGUUUAUGAAAGAUUACAUAUGUGGCUCCUGGGAUGAAAUGUGUGUUCAAUGUCAGUUCUGAUGUGUGUGUGACUGGAUCUGUGUGUGUGUGUGUGUGUGAGAGAGUGAGUGUGUACUUUCUUCCUUUAAAGGACUGUGUCGUAUUCCUUUAUGCAAAUGUUCUUGUUGAUCGAGGGAAUAGAGAACACUCUUCCUUUUACUUUGCCGGGCCUUUUAUUCUGAAAGGAAACGCAGCGUUGUGACAAACAGGUGAUGAUACACCAGUGAGUGUGUGGGGGGGUUUAUUUGUUUGUUUGUUUAUUUGUUUUCGUUUGGGCAAUGUAAAACCAACCAAGAGGCAGACAAGUGAGACUCGGGAUCAGAAAUAUUUUCUGACAGCAAUAUGUACCAGCCACGCUUCGGCAGUUGGUGGAGCACAGUUGCUGAUGAGCAGAGCGUUGCCCUUAAUAUCACUGCCUUAACUCAUGAAAAGCAGAAAGAGAGAAAAACAGAGAUGUAACUGGAAAAGUGUGGAUGUGCACAGUGACGGCACUUUGCACUCCUGUUUGGAUUCAUUGCCCAGGUAUAAAUGGGGUCUCGCUCGCCAAUGCCUUUUGGAGUUAACUGUCCUCCCGUUCAGAGCAUCUCAGACGAGUGUCACCCCUGUUUGCAGGUGUGUUUAGUCACAUUGCUGAGUUGACCUUGUUUUUUCAGAGUGAAGGGAUUUUUCUGUUGCAGAGCUUGGAGGGGUUUAAGCAGAGCAGGGAGCUGGUGACAUCACAAGAAACAAAUCAUUGAAUUUUUAAAGCCCAAAGUCAAAUAUUUAGUUGGAAAUUUUCAGGCUGUACAGUAGGCACUCUGUUCCUCCCCAUCUACGUUUUGGCACAAUUAAAAGGCAACCAUUCCUAAAGCCAGUGUCAGCCAGUCCACUACUUUGGUCCAGACUGAAAUAUAUCUAUCUAAACAACUCCUGGAUAAAUUGCCAUGAAAAUUUAUAUAUUCUAGCUCCAGGUUGUGGCUUUGACUGAAAUAUCUUAACAGCUGUUGAGUUAAUAAAUGAAAUUUGGCACAGACAUUCAUGCCCCCCUUAGGAAGAAUCACAGCCACUUGGUGAGCCCAGGACUUUUCAUCCAGCAUUUGUUUAUGACCAAAUACCUGCACAACACCAGUGGCAUUCCCAUCUGCCCCAGCUGUACAUUUGUUUAGUGCUAAUUAGCUAAUGUGAGCAAGCUAAGGUGCCAAACUGAGGCGCUGAACAUGUUGUAUGCCUAACAUGUUCCACCUGCUACACAUCAGCAUGUUACCAUGCUGACAUUAGCAUUUACAGAGCAGCUAGCGUAGCCGUAGGCUGUCUUUAUAAAAUUCCAAGUAAAAGUUUAUUCUGUGUCUCCACACUCUUCUCAGACCUUUUUGCUGCUUCGCAUUCGUAGCUUCACACGUUCUCUCCUGGGAGCUGCCCUCAGCUGCCACAGUCCACUAAGUGUUCACCACAGAGCAGCUUCACUGCAGCUAUUAGAGCUUCAGUGACCUUCGUCACUUUGCCCGUGAACACUAACCUUGCAGGCUCUCUGUGAUUUUUGGUUUAGACCUGGAAGAAACCUGUGAUGUCACCGAUUCCCGUCCCUCGCAGCCGGCUCAGACCGACCUGCUCAAACUCAGACAAGCUGGUAAAACACCGCAGCUAGUCUCAUGCUGAAACAAUGUCACACUAUUUUCUUUUAUUUUCCUUCUGUUCUUGCAACUGUCACUACUGUUAUCUGUGAAAUCAUUUGGUAACCAAUGUCCUGGAGCAACAACACGGUUGUCCUUUUGUUUUCAAAUUAAUGGGGUGCAUUUUAGUAAAAAAUUUUGAUUUUACUAUUUUGAUACUGUCUCGGUUCUUACCUCAGAGAAAUUUUAUUUUGUAUGACAAAGGAGAAAAAAAAAUUGCCAGAAAUAUUGCAGUAAAUAUCCUUAUUUACAAACGAUGCGGCCAUACUGCCUUCUCACUUGUACAUACGACAACUAGUUUGACUGAGAGCAGAGAGGGCAGGUUAGGGAGACGACCACAACAGAUAAUAUUAUGAUUAUUAUUUUUGUCAGAACGACCAUUUUUGUACCAACAGAAGAAUAUCCAAAACUGCUUGACUGAACUGGCAGUGUGACUGUUUUUUGUGAUUGUCAAGCUUUUAGCUUUUGUUUGUUUCUGUGUGUGUGUGUGUGUGUGUGUGUGUCUAGUCCUGUGUGAAUGCCUCGUUUGUAAUGGAUGAAAAAGUGUUUGUAAAUCCUUUUUUUUUUCUCUUUUGUUGUUGUUGUUUCACUUGUAUGUAUAUGUUGGUUGUCCCCAAAUUCUCUCCCAAAACAACUGAUAUUUUAACUAACAUAACUUGCUAUAUUGUCAACUAUACACUGAUUAAAGAUGCCACCCUGUCA